ACCGGCGGUGGCGGCGGCGGCGGAGGGGCCAUGAAGGUGAAGAAGAGCGGCGGGGCCGGGGCGGCGGCGGCCAGGACCGAGGAGGAGCUGGGCCGAAAGGCGCUCAUCGGGCCCGACGACGUGCUGGGGCUGCAGCGGGUCACCAGCGAUUACUUGUGCACUCCAGAGGAAAAUGUUUACAAGAUAGACUUCACCAGGUUCAAAAUCCGGGACAUGGAGUCUGGCACAGUCUUGUUUGAAAUCACCAAGCCAGCAGCUUCAGAGCGGGAGCACAAUGACAGGAAGGACGUGGACCCCAACGCCGGACGCUUCGUGCGCUAUCAGUUCACCCCAGCCUUUCUCCGACUGCGGCAAGUGGGAGCCACGGUGGAAUUCACAGUAGGGGACAAACCCAUUAAUAAUUUCCGUAUGAUUGAGAGGCACUACUUCCGUGACCAGCUGCUGAAAAGUUUCGAUUUUGAAUUUGGCUUCUGCAUCCCCAGCAGUAAAAAUACUUGUGAGCACAUCUAUGAAUUCCCCCAGCUCUCRGAGGAUCUCAUUCGAGAGAUGAUCCUGCAUCCCUAUGAGACACAGUCGGACAGUUUCUACUUUGUAGACAACAAGCUGGUGAUGCACAACAAGGCAGAUUAUUCAUACAGUGGAGGACCUUGAGCGCAGGCUGGACCUGGCCUCCCCUUUCCUAUGGAAGUYGUCAGGGAUCCCAACACCUCCAGCUCCGCUGCCUGCAACGUCACCUCGACAAGGAUCCACCAACCAAGGACUCUUUGCCACAGUAGGAGUUUCAUGACAUCUCUUUUGASCUUUGAAGCAGACCCAGUUCUUCAGAACUUUUAAAGCUAAAAUGAUCUUUGGAUGCUGCUUCCCUAAGUUCUUUAAAGUGUCUGCUUUGAAAAUGGCCUUGUGGGACCUGAGGGGUUUUGCCCUAAUUCUGUGAGUUUAUGUUCUUGCCCUCGAGUAUCUUUUAGGAUUGCUUUCCCAAAGAAUGUAAUCAGAGAAACCAUGGGAGUGGAUGGAUGCAAAGGCAGAGGUUUGGGUGGUUGUUCCUCUUUGUGAAUGCUUCAAAGGCCAAUUUAACUUGUCCAGCCGGUCGAAAAUAUCGAGCAAAACAUCUCACAAAGGCGAGUUUUAUCUUUAGAUUGUUCUCUCCAUGAGUAUUUCAUCCUUUAGGUUCGGUCCUUCUCUGUAAUGUCCUGUUUAACCUUGGAAAYACCAAAACUUGCAGUGAAGAGCAGUAGUUCAGUGACAGAGCUGUGUUCAUUGGGUGCUUUUACAUUUACAUUCCUUUUACAUUUCAGAUGAAGGUAAAAUGGCAUUGUGGGUCUAUGAACUUCCAUAAGGACAUUCCAUUAAUUUCAGGUUUUUUUUUUUCAGAAUAAUCAGGAAAACCAGAAGGAUUUCAGCUUUAUUUAACAUUUUUGCUUUAUUUAACAUCCUUGCUUUAUUUAACAUUCAGCCUUUUCAUGCCACACAUUUCCCAUGUCUAUUUUCAUUCAUCUCUGCUCGAUACCAAGAUAAGGGCUUCAGCACUGCUUGUUAGAGCAAUAUUUUAAUUGUCUAGGGCAGCUGGAGAGUGUGGAAUUUCCAAUUUUCUAUUUGUAUCUGCAUUUAAAGAAYGUUAAAACUGUUUCCCUUUGUUAAAACUGUUUCUUGUCGGAUAUUAAUACAGGUGAAACUAAAUCUAAUAAUGUACAGCUUUAACACACAGCAAAAAAUUUAGCAGAAGUUCUCUCUUCAGACUCUGGAAGAAGUUUAACACCAAAUUUAGCCCAAGAAAUAGCAACAGCAAGAAUAAACUAGUGUGGGUUGACCUGUUGUCAUGAAACCCUUACUCUGAAGGUCAGUUCACUGAUACUUAAAAAAAAAAUACAAAAACAAAAGACAGUUGCAGUUUGUAGAUAUUUCUAUGAAUACUUGAUGUCUCCAUGUCUAAUUCUGUGAGUUGAAGUGGAACAUUCUAUGUUAGCCUCGGAUAGGUGUUAAUAAUUGUAAUAAUUUUUAUAAAAAUACCAUUUCCAGUCGUGAUGAGCAUCUUUGUAGUCGCAGCCUACGUCAGAACAGGAUUACAAACAAUUCCAAGUGUAGCCUAAGGACAGGGAGGUUUUUGUGCUCUUGUUGGGGCUGUGCUCACUUUUCAGUGUGUCACCAUUUGUAUUUGGCUUGGCUUUCCUGACUGCUGAGAGAGGAGGCAGUUUUUAAAACAAAAAACACAGCGAUUUUAGGUUACAGCACAGGUUUUGUUAAGCUUGGUAGCUACAGAAGUGUGUCAACUUCACUGAUUUCACUCAAGUAGUAGCUUGUAGUAAUUCUUAUCGCAGUGAGACUUGUAUUUAUCACUGUUUUUUGACUCUAGUGUGUUAAAUCAUACAAGUAGCCUACGGCUGACUGAUCAGUUUGAGAGAUACGAAAGAUUUCCUCAUUAUUUGUGCAGUGCUUUGAGCUGCUGACCAUUAAUUUUAUAGCACAGUAAUUACUAAAGAUGAAAAUAGUUUUGAAAAUGCUUUCAUUCCUCCCCCAACUUUUUUUUUUCUUUUUUUGCAGCAGGGCUGUUAAAUCAUAUAUCCAAAUACAUUUUGCGAGUUUUAAAUAUUCUGAGUUUUGUUCUAACACUUCAAGAAGAAAAUGUGUUGAUUUAAAGACAAAAAGAGAGUGUGUGUUUAUUAUUACCACCCUCUACAGGGUUUUUUUGGGGGUAUUUUUCACCUGCUGUUCUUAAUAUUCACUUCUGUGCAYAGGAUUUUUAAAGGAGUUUUAGAAAUGGAAUUUGCUCAGAAUUCCCAGUCAUCUAUUUAAUAUGUUUUGGUGAGAUCAGUUGUACUUUGGUAGGGACUCUUGGGUCAUUGAAUGGAGUUUCCUCUGAAAUAGUCAUGUUCUUUUUAAUGCUACCUCCUUUCAAGACUUAUAAGAAAAAGAGUAAUUCCAUAAAAAUUUUACUGCAAUAAAUGGGAAUUUGAGUGAUAGACAUGCCCCUUAUAAAAGAACCAAGUGAAAGUCACUCUGUUCCCAGGAGUUCAGAGUGUGGAUGGACUUUCUGGCACUGUUUAGGGUAGGUUUGAGGUUAAACACCAGAGGAUGAGUUAUCAGCUGCUCCUCUCCUGAAAUCUUUCAUAAUUCAGAUUAUAACUGUAAUAAUUCCAGGCUCACUGAAAAUUUAGUGUGAAUCAUAUAGGAGAUAUUUUACUGAGUGAGGUUUUUUUUCCAAUAUUAUUAGAAUAUUUUAAGCCAGAAACAAAGAUCAGACAUUUUCAAUUAAAUCAAUUUCAACCUCUUUUCAGUUGGGACCAUUUUGCUCUUAUUUAAAAUCCCCAGAACAAAAAAUUCUGAUUCCUAAACCAAGACAAACAACUGUGGGAAGUACAAUGAAGAUGCUUUUUUUCCUUCCCACCAGAGCAGUUUUUGCUGUUAUCUCUCUGUUUCACUUGGAAAAUCAUUGUUGGUGUUUCUUUAAGGUCACCCACAUCCACAAUCUYUACAAACACGUGAGAAUCACUGUCCAGGGGAGAGGUUCUGUUCCUUUCCCACCUGCUUGUACAGCAGAAUCACGUGGGGUGUUGACAGAGACACACAAACAGCACUAAAAGAAUUUUUCUUCAAAAACCUGUGGUGUUGACAUGAGACACAUAAACAGCACUAAAAUAUUUUUCUUCARAAACUKUGGCUGUAGARUUGCUGUUCUAAUGCCACUUCUACYCUUGUUUUGCAUUAAAAACCACCUUCAAAAUCUGGUGUUAAAGACCACGCUUUGUGCAGCAGCCAAUAAAUUCAACUYCCUUCUGAAUGGGAGCUGAGAGUUUGCGACUCAGUUGUGAAACCCACAUUUUUUCCCCUUAAAUUGGCAGCUGAUUCUUAUUAGAAACCAGUUGAGAACCAAGUCUUAGCAGCAUUGUUCACAGAAUUUGUUAAUCUUCUUUACUAGCUGUUAUUUUGUAUUUUAACUUUAAUCAUUGUUUGGUUUACUUUGGAWGUCCGUUGCGAAAUCACCAAAUAUUGGCUGUGGAAAAAAAAGAAUUCUUGUGUUUUCUUCCUUGAUCUCAUUUAAAACAUGACUUUAAUUAGCACUGCUGCUCUGUUUUAACAAGCCAGCCUGGCAAUUUGGGAGCUGACUUUCUGAAAGUGAAAGAAAACAUCCAAGAGCUAACCAAGAUUAUCUGCUAAUAAUGCCCGGCUGUUUCCUGUCAUAAAACAGGAUUAAGUGUGUGCUUUACACAGUGACUUAAUCUUGGAAAAAGAAACUAAGUCUCUGUGAGUGCUAAUAGUGACAUAAUUUUUCUGAGAGACAGGGAAAUUACAGCUCAACACGUUCUUCCAGGGGAAAUGAUAAUUUGACACAUUUUUUCACUUUGUCAGUCUUGGAUUYCUUUAGUAGUCAGGGUUUUUAAGAAAAGCAGCCAUACAUUGGGGGUGAGCUGCAUGCUUUAAUGGCUCACACUUCCGUGGCAGGAAGAGAACCAUUUCUUUUUAGAAUUAACACAUUAGCUGUGGUUUAAAAUCUAGAAACUUUGCUCUCAGAUCAGUGGCAAAAGCCAGAAUUGUUUYUGUGAAUUACCCGUUAUGUGGUGACAUCUAUGAAAUAACUGAAUGGUCCACCCUUCCUGACUCAGAUUUUUUUGGUAUUUAUUUAUUUAAAUGUAGAAAGUUUCUCCAGGGUUGGAAACAACCUGUUAAGAUUUAGUUCUUGCUCAUAAUCUCUCUCUAGGUCUUAUUUUUUGAGCAGGUCUAUUUUCCACCUUUGUCCUCUGAGUUUCWUUCCAAAAUCUUGUGUAGGGUGUCACAGUGGUGGCUGGCUGUGUGUGAAAUGUGCAGGCUGCCAACUUCCAAAUCCCUUCAGUUUGAGAAAAGGCUGUUAAAGUAUAUUGAGAAGYAGUCCUACAUUUCGACCCAUAAAAAAGAAACCCCAAUCUUCAUGACGAAAGUUAAAGGGAUCUCUUAUUCAUGCAAAGAUUGGGGCUAUUUAAGGUAAGAAAAUGCUAAUAUCCAACUGUCAUAUUUAAUAAGUAUUAUAAAAAUGCCCUAUUAAUUAUUAAUAAGAUGGUUAACAGCUCAGUUUUAAUUAGAUCUGGUUAGGAAGGAAACCAUAGAACUCCUUGCUGUCGUUUGGGGCUGCGGGGGAGCAGCUGGARCUCUGUGUAUGGCACAAAAGCUGGGCAGGUUUGUGUGCAUUUGUGGGGGGAAAAGUGAGGGAAGGGAGGACAAGGACAGGGAAAAAAUUAAUUUCAGCUAGCUGGACUCAAGAGCUUGAAGAUGGUGAGUGACUCAGUUUUCUCCUGAGGCAGCUGGGAGCUCCUUCUCGUGGUUCUUUUUACCCCCAGCACAAGCACUGCCAAAAUUUAUAGAGGCUUUUAGAUAUUAAUCUUAAAUACCAUUGAGAGUUCAUAUCAUUUUCUCUACAUGGAARUACCUGGACUAUUUGAGGAGUGUGGUGCUCCAGGUCUCACCUUGCAGCUCAGCUGUUUUCCCCAUCACUGGUCAGUGGUUGAAAUGGUGUUUGUAUGUCUGCAGCCCCCCCAAAMCCCCCCUGUGCUUCUGCCUGCUCUGGUGUCUGCUUGUAUCUUAAUACACCCAGCAAAACUGUUUGAAUGUGACUUUUUUUUUUUUUGCAUAGAAGAUAAUUGUCUGUAUUAAAAUGUAUUUAUAAAAAAAUAUAUCUAUUUUUUGUGGAAGGACAGUAGGAUUCUGGUUACUACACCACUGGGAAAAUGUUAGAAGCAUUUUUACCGAGUUAAUUUCUAAUUCUUUCUACCUUGGUAGUGAUUUGUUUGCUAGGAGAACAUCCACUGUGGCCCAUCCUGUGGCAAUGCAAUGCACUGUCAUGAAGAGAAUCUGGUUUUCAGAAAACUGGGAGUCUUUUGUUUCCUUUUUGGGACAGGAGGGAACUGAGGAGAUCACCAGGAAUAGAAGGAACCUUGGCACGGACUCYGUUCUGUGGCUUUGGCUUCAGCCUGUUUGACUUUUUGCAGAUUAAGUAGAGAGAGAAAAGAUUGAGACUUCAGGAUAAAAAAAAAGGAAAAUUAGAUGCUACAAUUUAGUCUUCCUGUA